AUGGCGGCCGCGGGCCGGCCGCAGGAACGCCGCGCGACGCGCUACGUCUACGUGGCCCGCUUCGGCUCGCACCGCUGCGGCUGCGUGCUGCAGCGGGGCGCCCGGCGGAAAGCCUGGGGCCGGGAAGAGCCGCGGGGAGCGGCGACGGCCGGGUGCGAGGGCCUCGGCGAGCGGCCGCCCCAGCCCGGGCCCCCCGCGGACGCGUCCGCAGCAGGUGCCCGGCGCUCGUUCCUCGGGCCCAGCUCAGGCCACGCGCCUGCCGGCAGCCUAUUGGCCGGCGCGGAGGGGCGGGGCGGAAGUGCCGCGGCGUUCGCUUCCGGGGCGCCCGGAGGGCGAGUGAAGGGCGAGGGACUUGAGUUCCGCCCCUGCCGCCCUUCGCGGAGCCUGGCGGUUCCUCGUUUAUCCCAGAAGAAUUUAUCUAAAAAGUUUGCUCUCCCCACGUCUUUGAGUGAAGCUUCCACAAAAAUGAAGAAAAGGAAAAAGGAUUCAGUGUGGAAUAGUGUUAGCAAAGUCAUUUCCAGAAUGCUUGAAGAAAAUGAAAAAUAUAGACUCAGGUUGAAAUGCCAACAGUCACCCACUGAAAGAAUGAACCCGUCUUUGGAUCCGUUGACCAAAGAAGAUUGUGAAGAAUUUAAAGAUGGAACUUGAAUUGAAUGAUAACCUGUUAGUUUAUUUGAUAUGAUUU